AUGUUUUCCGUCCUCGCCUCACGCGUUGUUCUCCGCACGUCUGCGCUCAAUUCUGUUAGGAUAACUCGCUUCCCUGUUCCCGUGUUUCAGACGAUCUCAUCACGUCUGCAAUCGCCAACAUGGACACGUACUUUCCUGACAGCCUCCUCUGUGAGACUCGCCCAGGCCGCUGAGGAACCUACCGCGGCGAAGAAGACAACAACGAAGAGAGCCACGAUUGGUAGGACUAAGACUUCGAAGAAGAAGGUGGCCAAGAAGCCAGCUAAGAAAGUAGCCAAGACGGCAGCGCAAAAGCCAGGGAGGGGGGUUGAUCCCGCCAAGCAAAAGCAAAAGGCCCUACUGGAAAAGAAGAGGCAGGCCAGACAGGUGUACGCUGAGAACCGCCCUCCGAAGAGACACGUAUCUUCUUACGGCGUCUUCUGGUCACACUAUGUCAAGGACCACCCCCUGAAAGGAACGCCUUCGGAAGAUCUAAUAUCGACGAUGAGGGCGGGUGCUGCUGAAUGGAAAGCUCUCAGUGACGCGGAGAAACAGCGUUACGCCGAUGAAGCUCGGGUUAUCAACCAAGAACGUCGGCAGAAGUUCUUGGAAUAUGAAAGCUCGCUCGAUGUUGCUACGCUCAGGACUGUCAACGCCGUACGCAAGGCCCAUGGCAAACACAAAAUUCAUCGAAAAGGUGAAACAGACAUCAGGUCUCUGACGUCGUUUUCACGCUACUUUAAGCAACACCGUGCGGAAGUGGAGAUACCUGCGGACAUGCCGAACAAGGAGAGAAUUCCUUACAGGAUGAAAGCGCUGGGGCAACGCUGGAAAGCAAUGAGUGAUGUGGAGCGUCAGCCGUACGUGACCGCAUCGGCUGAGGGGAGGGCGCAGCUGGCAGCGGAGAAGGAGAGGACCACAUAA